AUGAGUUCAGACAUGGUGCCUGAAGGGCAUGGCCCCUCAGAGUUCAGCAUCCAAGUCAUGUCAGACCUUCAUCUCGAAACACCACGAUUCCUGCCAAUGUACGAAUCAUUUCGCAUCGAGCCCAAGUCCCCAUACCUCGCCUUACUAGGAGACAUCGGUCUCGUACACGACCAACGACUCUUCUCAUUCAUCGAAUCGCAGCUGCACCAGUUCCGAGUAGUCCUCUACGUAUUCGGGAACCACGAACCAUACGAACGCGAUGAAACACCACAACAGGCCACAUACCAAGAUGCCAUAGAGCAGAUGGAGCACUUUCAAACUCUCGUGAAUAAUGGCUCCGAUCAGCGCAAAGGAAAAUUCGUGUUUCUAAACAGGUCACGAUACGAUGUCGAUGACAGCAUCACAAUCCUAGGCUGUACUCUAUUCUCUCACAUAUCAGAGAAUCAGCAGAGCACCGCAUCGCUCUUCGUCUCAGACUUCUCCAAUAUUCCCAGUUGGACUGUACAGCAACACAACGCCGCUCACGAGCAAGACUUGGCAUGGUUGAAUACCCAGGUCACCGAAAUAUCACAACAAGAGCCACAUCGACGCAUCGUCAUUUUGACGCACUACUGUCCUACGUUAGUGGCCGAGGCACAUGAUCCAGAGCAUUUAGAGGAUUCAAGGAAUGUGAUGAGCGCAUUUGCCACUGAUCUCUGUGAUCAACCGUGUUGGAAGAGCUCUGCUGUCAGGGUCUGGGUGUUUGGGCAUACGCACCACAACUGCGAUUAUGUAGAGGCCGGGACUGGCAAACGCGUGGUAUCUAACCAGAGGGGGUAUGGGAGGGAGGAUAUUUUCGACUUUGACUCGGAUAAGGUGGUUGUUCUUUCGUCAUGA